GUGCCCCCCACGCCCCCGCGCGAGCCGCCGGCGGAAGUGCAGCGUCGUGCACUUCCGGGUGUUGUCUGGCGGCCACCGCGCGUCUCCGGUCUCCCGGCCACCGCCCGGGUCGUGGAGCCAGGAGCGACGUCACCGCCAUGGCGGGCAUCAAAGCUUUAAUUAGUUUGUCCUUUGGCGGAGCAAUCGGGUUGAUGUUCCUGAUGCUGGGAUGUGCCCUUCCCAUAUACAACCAAUACUGGCCCCUCUUUGUUCUGUUUUUUUACAUCCUUUCACCCAUUCCAUACUGCAUAGCAAGAAGACUCGUGGAUGACACGGAUGCCAUGAGCAACGCUUGUAAGGAGCUGGCCAUAUUUCUCACAACAGGCAUUGUCGUCUCAGCUUUCGGGCUCCCUGUCGUAUUUGCCAGAGCACAUCUGAUCGCAUGGGGAGCUUGUGCACUCGUUCUCACGGGAAACACAGUCAUCUUCGCCACUAUACUAGGCUUCUUCCUGGUCUUUGGGAGCAAUGAUGACUUCAGCUGGCAGCAGUGGUGAAAGGAGCUGCAGAACUGGUGUCACAUGGACUUCUGUCGUCUGUUGGCCGUCCGUGCGCAGGAAUGGGGCCAUGAGACUGAAUUAUGUAGCGAGCCUCUGGGGGUGUCCUAGGUGCUCCCUUCUCACAAUUGUACGCCUACUGUUUCCACAGGGACUUGCUAAGGAUUAAAAGGAUUUUCUCUUUUGGAAAAGCUUGACUGGUUUCCCACUUGUCUGUACCCUGCUGUCCUUGGUGUCCUGCUGAAUCUAGAAUACUUACUUACGUGUUUUCCCUGUUCGGUUGUUUUUAAGUCAGUAUGCAAUGUUAAACAUUUUUAAGAUGUAAUAACCAUUUGCGUUGGUUUAGGAAUUCAGAACUUCUGGCUGUAUUAUGGGCUAGAGUACAUAUUUUCUCUAAAAAUCAGUUAAUCUCCAUUAUAAAAAACAUAGGUGUGUGCAU